UACAAAACUGAUCUCCAAACUAGUAGUUUAGAAUUAGAUGCCUCAACAUCAAAAAAUAAAAAAAGAAUUACAACAUUUGUCUCUAAAAAAGAAGAAGAAAGGAAAUCUAGAAGAAAAAAAAAAAAGUAAAAAAAGACAGAGGAAGUAUAACACCGUGGCCGCUCCCAUUUUCCGGCCACCAUGCUUACCGGAAUACAAAAAUUCCACAUUUCUUCCGCCGCAGCAGCAAGUCCCGUUCCGGCCACCUCAGUUUCUUCUCUUCUUCUUCGUCUUUACAUCCACAAUAAAAUCUAGGAAUUUGAAUUUGUUGUUUCCGCCACCGUUUUAACCGCCGCUCGCAGCUACCGUUAUCGUCCUCUCAUCUUUUUCAUUGCUUUGUGAGUUUCCAGCCAUUCUCUUCGAUGCCACGGCCGCCACAGGAUGGUUGAAUUUUCAAUAAGUAAUGCUAGAUAUAGUUAUGUGCAUGAUCAGAAAUAUCCCUCUGAAGAUGUUGACAUACACCAUAUAGUUCUGAGGAGAAGUGGUGCAAAACAUCUUUUUGUGUCUGCCUCAGCACUUUUUGUAUUAGCAUGUGGCAUCUAUCUCUAUGUUUUUGAGGAAAAAUCGAUCACUCUUGUGUAUUACAGCUUGCUUUUUGACAUUCUUCUUGUCAAGUUGUUACUUCGGAAGCCUGUUAAUAAAGGUGAGCACCUGACUAACAGGGUUUGCGACACUCUGAAAGAGUCUGUUGUGAUUAUGCCAGCUUUUGGUGUACAGCUUGAGACUCACUAUAUGAGGGGAAAAGUCAUCCGAUGCUUUGUUCCCAUUGACAAGAUUCUAAAACCUGUUUUAUUAGAAUGUGUGACUCCAGUGACUUGCUACUGGACUCUAUCCUUGAUUGUUCGCGAGGAACCAGAAAUGGUGUUAGUUUUCAAGAAAUUGCGACCGCCUGUUAAAAUGCUGGUCCAUAUCUGGAAGGCUUUGUGUGCUGCAACAGAUAAUAAAGAAGAGAGUUGUACACAUACAGAGAUUUUGUAUAAUAUUAAUUGAUGCCCUGUUAUCACAAUACAACUUUAUUGGAGGAGUUAUAUGAAGUUUCAACUCUUCUAGAAUUCUUACAACUUUAUUGGAAGAGUUAUCUGAAGUUUCAACUCUUCUAGACUUUUUUGAAGCCAUAUAAUCUCACAAACAUCUUGAACCAUUGCCAUAUAUUCUUCCUCAACACUACUUCUUACUACUACAUUUUGUUUUUUAUUCUCCUCCAAGUAGCUAAGUUUACUCAAACAAAUGUGCAGUAACCAGAAGUUGACUUCCUAUUUGUAAUAGAAUAUGUCCAGACUACAUCACUGUACACUUCAAUGUCUUGCUAAUGUGUUUUCUUAAAGAAGAGUCCUUUGUUUGGGGGAACUUUUGAAGUA